AUGGCCGACGCUUUGCAAAAUCUNUUUCGCAGCUCUCUGCCUGAAGAGACCUCAGGACUCCUGGCUGAACGUCUUUCGGAACUGGAAUCUGGAGAUUUGUUCGCCCUUCUACAAACAAAAGAUGCGCAGGAACUUCUUGGACGUAGCCCAAACUCGGAACUGGAUGAGACAAAGUUGGAAAAUUGCGCGACUUGGAAUGAAUAUAUCUCGAUUCGUUUGAGCAAGAUUCUCGCUAGAGAUGAUGGAAACGCAAAGUACAAGCAGAGCCUCUUNUUUGUUAUUGGAUAUGCUGCUUUGCUUGCCUUCCUACAGUCUAACGCUACUGGUCCUCCGCUCCCAUUCACUCCUUCCAAAACCGUCUUGCCGCAGGAUGUGGCUGAGGACAAGCAGCAAGUUACCGCACUGCGUCGCCAACUGAUCGCCAGCCUCGCAAUCGACGGUAUUGCAGCAUACAGAUUGACACCGAAUAUUGAGCUUCUCUGCCUGGCAAACGUGAUAAUCAGCAACCCUGACAUUCUCGAUAACAUUUCUGUGUCGCGAUGGGCCAGACUGAGAGUCACCUUUAUGCAUCAGAGACUAUUAUCAGAGGAAUGCGGAACAUUACAGGACAAGAUUUUCGCAGAUGUCGAUGCAGUUCAAGAGAAAUUCUUUGACGUUUCGCCAAAGGGCAAGUCGAGAGCCAGCAGCAAUGAUGCAAAGGUUGAAUUCCUGCUCGAACGCGCUAGUAUCGAGACUUUCUACGGCCUGGAUAAGAAGGCUAGAAUUGACCUGGACGAGGCGGCAGCAGAACAAAACUUCCAGUUUGCUUUGACAGGUAUUCUGGGAAGAAGAACCAAGUUCCAGCAGCACGACGUUAGUCAGCUGGUCGUUCUUGCUAAAAGUGCACGCGAUGCAGACAACGCCAAGGACGUGGAAGCAUCACAGGUCAUUCAGCAAACGGAAGGCGCGACCAGCGGUCCCAAGAACUUGGAUCUCAAUGAUGACACACUUUUGGAGAACAUCUCUUUCACGUCAAAGCCGACACUCAAUCUGGAUGUACAGACCAAGGAAUCUCUGUCCCCCACAUUGGCCGAAUUGGACCCUUCAAAUCAACCGAAGCUAUUGCCUCUGGACUCGAUUAUCUUGCUCGCUCUCGCAUCCUCUAUCACAAACACAUCUCCUGCCAAUGGACUUACCAGAGAAGAGACUCUGCCAUAUGCUACCCGUGUAUUGGAAGGUGGCAGCUCGAACUGGCAAGUCUACACUCAGGGUCUGCUCGUUCGCAGCAGAAUGGAGGGCUACAGAUCUAGAACCAUCGAACGUGGUCUCUUGCAACUGCAGGCAGUUGUCGAUCAAGUCAUUGCCGACACAACAGAGGCACCCGCAGAUGGCAAUGCAGAUGUGACCGCCACUAGUUUCUUGCGCAAGGGCGAGAGCGAGGACUCUGCCCCAGCUUCUGAAAGACUGCGUUACAUUUUCCAGAUCGCUGCUCCUACCCGAUGGGAGCUCGAAGGAGAGUUGGCUCAGAGAUGGGUUACUUUGGGAGGUCUGCGCUCGGCACUUGACAUUUAUAUUCGCUUGGAGAUGUGGGCUGAAGCUGCUUUGUGCUACGCUGCUACGGAGAAGGAGGAGACAGCGAAGAAGUUGGUGCGCCGCCAACUGUUCCAUGCCACCAACAAUGGUGACGAAGAGAACGCUGGUGAUGAGNNGGAAGCCUGGGAGGGUCCUGAGAGACAACCUCCUCCAGCUGACGCUGCACGUUUGUACUGCAUUCUCGGUGACCUUGACCAGGAUGCUUCUAUGUACGAGAAGGCGUGGGAGGUCUCAGGUCAGCGUUACGCUCGUGCCCAACGCUCGCUGGGUCGCAUGUACAUUGGUCAACGUGACAUGAUCAAGGCUGCCGACGCAUACGCAAAGAGUUUGAGAGCAAACCAGCUCAACCAUGCUUCGUGGUUCGCCAUGGGCUGUUGUCUACUAGAGCUUGCACAAUUUGAGAAGGCUGCUGAAGCCUUCUCUCGCACUGUUCAGCUCGAAGAGACAGACGCAGAGGCAUGGAGCAAUUUGGCUGCUGCUCUUCUGAAGAACCAAGUUCCCACCGCCAACGAUGAACCCGUCGUGCCUACAGUCGAGCUUGCCGAAGAUGAGGACGAUUCCAUGGCUCCCCAGCCUAAAAAGGUUGAUCCUCAACAAAACAAGAAAGACGCCUUGCGCGCUCUCAAGCGUGCUGCAACACUCAAACAUGACAGCCACCGUAUCUGGGAGAACCUGCUUAUUGUUGCUGCCUCUCUCUCACCUCCAGAUUACGAUACUGUGUUGACAGCUCAACGUCACAUCAUCGAUCUGCGUUCCAAGACUGAUGGCGAAUCGUGCAUUGAUGUCGAAAUCAUGGAACACAUGAUUCGUCACGUCAUUGCCUUGAAUGACGAGUACGACCCUACGAAGCCUGGUUUCGAGCGUUUGCUUGUUGAGAUGUUUGACAAGAAGAUUGUACCUCUCAUCACCUCUUCUCGCGAGUUGUGGCAACUGUACGCUAAGCUCUGUCUUUGGCGCAAGAAGCCAGCUACUGCAUUGGAUGCCAACGAGAAGGCGUGGAGAGCGGUGAGCAGUCAGCCUGGUUGGGAGACUGAGAGCGAAGCGCGCUGGAAUGUUGUUGUCGACGCAACAAUUGAAUUGUGUGAUGCAUACGAGAGUCUGGGUCAGAUGGAGAAGACCGAGGGUAUGGCUGCCGGUAGCGGUGCUUUAGUGGCCAAGGAUUGGAAAUUCAAGGCCAGAAGUGCUAUCAGAUCCAUCAUGGGCAAAGGCAAGGAUUGCUGGGAAGAUACCGAUGGUUGGGAAAGACUGAGGGAGGCACUUGAUGGUCUGCGUGGUUAA